AACUAAACAAACAUUGUACCAGUGCAGUUCACCGUCAGAAUUCAAAUAAACGACAUAGAAAUAAAUAGUGUACAGGAGUCAGUCAGCCCAGCACAGCAGUGUGAAGAAAGUAUCUGACGACCCAGAGCCAACCGGAGCCAACAGGACUUCACUUCACCUCCCGCUAAAUGACGUAGAUUAUAUGCGCCACUGUUGACUUUAAGGAAAAAAUGGCAGCGCGCAGUGGCGAUAAGCGUGGUCUGGAACAUUUAGACGAAUAUGAACCAAAACGAGUCAAAUUGCCACAACGCCUUCAAGAUCGGAUGACAGAAAGGCGACUUGUUGUAAUCCUUGAGGGAGCUACGCUUGAAACUGUAAAGGUGGGUAAAACAUUUGAGUUGCUUAACUGCGAUCAACACAAGAGUAUGAUCCUAAAGAAUGGAAGAGACCCAGGAAAGAUCCGACCAGAUAUAACACAUCAGUGCUUAUUAAUGCUAUUGGACAGCCCAUUGAACAGGGCUGGGCUUCUACAAGUCUACAUUCACACGGAGAAGAACGUCUUAAUAGAAAUCAACCCUCAAACACGUAUUCCACGCACAUUUGCUAGAUUCUGCGGCCUCAUGGUCCAGCUGCUGCAUAAACUGAGCGUACGAGCCGCUGACGGACCACAGCGUCUUUUGAGGACCAUCAAGAACCCCGUUUCUGAUCACCUGCCUCCAGGAUGCCCCCGCAUUGGCACCUCUUUCUCUUCAGGCGAUGCCGUGGCUGCACAGACUGUCGUGCCUGAAGAAGGACCAGCAGCGGUGGUGAUUGGGGCUUUUGCUCACGGCGCAGUGGAUGUGGAUUAUACAGAGAAGACCGUGUCCAUUAGUAACUACCCUCUAUCUGCUGCCCUUACCUGUGCAAAGAUGUGUUCAGCCUUUGAAGAGGUUUGGGGUGUGUUGUGACCUGACAAGCCAGACCUAUGUUUCUCCAGGAAGUAAAGAUGGACUACAUUAUUUGCAAAGGACUACAUUUUUUGCAAAGAAUUUGAUAAUAAAGGCAGUGGUAUAACUGCCUUGAUUCUUGCUCACCCUGAACUGUCAUUUGGUGCAUCUUAGUUUGUUUUUAUAUGUGGGUGCCCUUAAAGGAUUAGAUGAUUUGUAGUUCCAGAUAAAGCAGCUACUGGAAUUUCAUAAUGGAACAAUGCAAGUCUAUCAAAGGCCAGCUCCCCAGAUAUGCUAGAGCACAGCCAACAGGGGAAGUACAUUACAAUGACCUAAUACCAGUUAAAGUAAACAUGUAUUAUGUGCUCAAGAUAUUGGUACCUUUUCAACUGAAUUCCACGGAUGAUUUGUUUUGAGGAAACUGUUGCUCCAUGGGCCAAAUAAACACUUGUGUUUCUUUAUUUUAUAUUCAA